AUGAGACCCCCGGGGGCGCGCGCGUGCGGCUGCCACUACCCGGGGGACGCGGCCCGGGACCCCCCAACGCCGCCGCCGCCGCGCGGGCCCGAGAGCCCCGCGCCCUGGAGACCUUGGAUCCUGACACCCCAAGAUGCUGAGCGGGGCAGCGCCGGGAGACAGCUCGAACCUGGGGGUGACCAACGGACUUGGGGAUCUCCGGGGGCCUUUGGGUUUCAGCAUCCUGUAAGACUCUAUUUGCCCAUCUCGAAGCGUCAAGAGUAUCUGCAGAGUUCGGGGGAAAAAGUGCUGGCCAGCUUCCCGGUGCAAGCCACCAUUCACUUCUACAAUGAUGAAGACAUCCCCAAGCAGCACCAGAUGUGA